AUGCUCCGUGUUCUUUUGUUUGUGCUCCUUUCCAAAGGCUUUAACGCCAGACCAACCGAUGGAAUUCAGGAUUAUGAGUUGCUUAGCUACACUCCAAUCAUGUCGUCGAUGAGUGUCGAUCCAAUUGAAGAAAUUGACGAGGUAAAACCUCUUGUGGGACCACCCAAGUGUGUGGAAGAUGACAUUGCUUCAAUUGAUUUUCCAGCAUUUGAAAGAAAUUUCUCACUUCGCCUUCAAAAGGUGUGUCAAGCGGCUUCAGACGAAGAGGAGUUUCUCUCAAGAGGCGAAUUUGUUCAAGUCGACGGGAUCAACAAAUCCACAAUUUAUUUCCAAGGAUACAUUGAAGGCGAAGCGAAUUCGACAGUCGAUGGGACUAUUGUAAACGGAGUAUUCCAAGGGAUUAUCAUCACUGAAUGUCAUGAUAAAUAUAUAAUCGAACGAUUGACUACGUCCAUCAACGGAGCCCAUUCGCUGAUUUAUCACGGCCUCUCGAAAAAACAAAUAAUGGCAACAUUAUUCGGAGAAUCAUCGGGUUAUUUGCCCACCGAGGUGAUAAAUGAAAAUACCGAAGAAGGAAGUGGUGAUUACCAGUGGCCGCAGAUGUUCCACGACUUGGGAAGGGUGCACAUCGCAUCCUUCAUUGUAGGAAUUGUUGGAUUAAUAGUCGGAACUAUUGGAAUUAUCUUAGCCAUUGUGUAUGGAACAGCAUCGAAUUCUUGUCCUACUUGCCCAACUGUUCCAACAACCGAAUGCAAUUCUCGAUUAUUUUCUGUGAUGGCAAAAGUCAAAAAUGAGACCGUUACUUGGCAAAAUAGUUUGAAUGAUCCAACGAGUGAUUAUUUUAAAAAUGCCUCGAAUAUUGUUGCGACAUCGCUUCAAAAUACGCUGAAUUCGAAUCUAAACUCACCUUCUGGAAGAUACGCGAGGUUCGACGCUACAAAUUCUAUUGAUCAGAAUAACGCGCAGGUAGUGAUAACAAGAUUUGGAAAAUCGGAAAAUGGUAAGGUGAUUGCCUCAGGAUUAGGUGGAAUCAUUUCGACAAAUAGCGAGUUUCCAACCGUCAAUAAUGUAACUGAUGCGAUGGCAAGCGAUAAAAUGUUUGAUAAUCCAAAAGCAUCAAAUAAUCCAUAUGAUUUCUGCAAUAAUGAUUCUUGCCAAUCGACAACAAUAAUAAUUCCAACAUCUUCUCUGCCACCCUCUUCCACUUCUACCGUUGAAAACACAACGAAAUCAAAAACAACAACAGUGGCCUACACCACAACUCCAACGGCAUCUCAAAAAUUGAGUUCAACUAGCCAACAACCGACGACAACUACUAGUGGUGGCAGCUCUUCAACCACUGCAAGUUCUUCUGUUUAUACAUCGACUACAACGCCAUCAACAACCACCACAACUAUCCCAUCAUCUACGACUACAAUUCAGACAACAUCGACACAUUUGUCUUCUGAAGCAACAACGACUAGCUCUCCACCUGCUUCUUCUACAGUCUCAACUACAGUAUCAACUACUGUGCCGACAUCCGAACCGACGACAUCUGAUACAACAAUCCCAUCAUCAACUACAAGUCCCUUCGGAUCAUCAUCUACUCCCACCAAAGUUGAUACAACGACCACAAUUGGAACGACAGUGGCAACUGAAACAACAACGACUACUAAGUCCUCGUCUUCCCCAGCAUUCUCUACAAGCUCGCCUUCUGCAACAAGUACGACGGUACCAUCGACAUCACCAACAGUUCCAGUCACGGAUGUUUCGAAAAGAUGCCCAAAUGAGGAACUCGUCUACGACGGAAAUAUUGCAGUAGUUUUUGAACUAGAAUCGACUUCAAAUCCAGAAAUUCUCGACUUUGUGGAGAAUUACGCGCUGAACUCUCAAUAUUACGGUCUCGGCAAAGACGCGAUCAGUUCCGAGAGAGCAACACUUGCGACGACAAUUCCGUUCCCAUCAACGUUAUAUUAUUCGCCAUCGCCAUAUGGAAGUGUUGAAAACACAGAUGAAGUUAAAUCAGAUGUUGAGAAAUAUGCGUCAAACAUUUCUGAACCGAUUGGAUCUCUUGAAAACGCUCUAAUUUAUAUUGAAGACAAAAAAUGGACUGGAGUUCUUUCGCUAAUUAUUGUUGGAAACAACGACUCUCUCGUUGACCAAACCUCGAUAUCGACGGCAUCGGAGUUGAAAAUGAAGGGAGCAAAAAUAUACACGGUUACAUUUGGUGCGACUAAGUAUAAACAAGUUUCUUCUGGAGAAGACUAUCAAUUUGUCAUCACCAAAGAUGUAAACAAGCAAACAGUUGCAGAUCAAAUUGGGCUUAAAAUUUCAAGAUAUUCUAACAAGUAUUUCUGUCCAAAUUGCGAACAAAAAACAACAACAGUGGCCUACACCACAACUCCAACGACAUCUCAAAAAUUGAGUUCAACUAGCCAACAACCGACGACAACUACUAGUGGUGGCAGCUCUUCAACCACUGCAAGUUCUUCUGUUUAUACAUCGACUACAACGCCAUCAACAACCACCACAACUAUCCCAUCAUCUACGACUACAAUUCAGACACCAACGACUUCUGAAGCAACAACGACUAACACUCCAUCUGCUUCUUCUACAGUCUCAACUACAGUAUCAACUACUGUGCCGACAUCCGAACCGACGUCACCAUUACUAACAAAAUCGACAUCUGAUACAACAAGCCCAUCAUCUACGACUACAAUUCAGACAACAUCGACACAUUUGUCUUCUGAAGCAACAACGACUAGCUCUCCACCUGCUUCCUCUACAGUCUCAACAACAGUAUUAACUACAAGUGCCUUCGGAUCAUCAUCUACUCCGACCACAACCGCAAACUGCGAAUGGGUGUGUGUUAGCAACACUCCUCAAGUCUCCAUCACUGCUUCAACACUCAAAAGUACCCAAUCAAUUACAUCAACAAGUCCCUUCGGAUCAUCAUCUACUCCCACCAAAGUUGAUACAACGACCACAAUUGGAACGUCAGUGGCAUCUGAAACAACAACGGCUACUAGGUCCUCGUCUUCACCAGCAUCUUCUACAAGCUCGCCUUCUGCAACAAGUACGACGGUACCAUCGACAUCACCAACAGUUCCAGUCACGGAUGUUUCGAAAAGAUGCCCAAAUGAGGAACUCGUCUACGACGGAAAUAUUGCAGAAAUUCUCGACUUUGUGGAGAAUUACGCGCUGAACUCUCAAUAUUACGGUCUCGGCAAAGACGCUAUCAGUUCCGAGAGAGCAACACUUGCGACGACAAUUCCGUUCCCAUCGACCACAAAUUAUACGAUUGAUAGCUAUGGAAAAAUUCAGAAUCAGGAUGAUCUUCGUACUCAAGUCGAAAACUUCAAAGCCAACAUUGCACAACCGAACAAUUUUCUUUCCGCCACACUUUCAUACAUCAGCAAUUCAAUGAUGGUUACCCCGCUCUCAUUAGUGAUUGUUGGAGAGAAUGAAACGUUGGUUGAUGGAUUCUCCCAAGGAAUCGCACAAAAUCUCAAAGACAGUGGUGUCAAAAUAUUCACGGUCGGAAGUUCGAAGUACGGCAGUAUUUCAUCAGCCGAUGAUAAUAGUAAGCUAUUCUGCCCGAUUUCGAUUGUAACAUCAACAACAUCAAUGUCGUCGACAUCAAUGAGCACUAAAGUUUCGACAAAACCUACUCCGAAACCGUCAACAACAAUAAAUCCUUGCUUCUGCGAUGGAAGAUGGGUGUAUUCUGGAGAUCUUGCGAUUGUGUUUGAAUAUAUUGAUAACGACCAAAAUCAAGCAAUCGUUAAUUUUAUUGAAAAUCAUCUUAUUGCGGAUACGAAUGAAUACGAACUUGCGAAGGAUUCAUCCGGAGAUCAACCAACUAUGGCUACAAUUGUGCCGUAUCCAAACUCGUCCGAUUACAUUAUUGGAUCAUAUGGAUCUAUAAGUUCUAAUGAUUUGAUCAAAACUCAAAUAGAUUCAUUUGCAUUACACAGAAGUUCAAAUCCUGAUCCGUCGAUUAAUGAUGGACUGAGUUAUAUUUCGCAAAAUUUGACUGCAAAAUCUGCAACCAAAGCAGUCAUUUUAGUGGCAAAUAGCGAUUCCGAUGUGGAAAAGGCGGUUAGCACCGCGAAUUCUUUGAAAAAUCAAGGAUUCAUCGUUUUCACUGUUUCCGUCGGUUCUUCUUCUGCUAAUUUUUCUAGUUUGGCCACAGUUUCUAUUAGUCCUGUUUGUGUUAGCGAUGGAAGCUCCACACGUAAUCCCAUAACGCAUUGUCCGACAACCAGCGCUCCCACUAAAUCAUCACCACUCGUACAGUCGACGACUUCAUAUUCUUCGAGGACACCGGAAUCUACUACAGCAUUCCCAACUGAAACUACAUCUUCGAUGUCUUCCACAGUAAAUACGACUCCCUCGAAAAUUUCGCCGUCUUCCACCCAAUUCGCUGCAACUAUAACCGAAAUACCAACAUCGUCGGCAUCCGCUCAAACGACAGCAGAAACUAGCGGACCAUUCAAUGGAACAAUUGCUUUGGCUUAUGAAUUAAUUGGUAAUCAGGAUGUUUACGAUUUCGUAGAGAAUCAUUUUUAUAACUCCGACAAAUAUCAAUUCGGAAGUAUUACAAAGGCAAUAAACGUUCCAUAUCCAUCAACAGAUAAUUACAAUAUCGGAAGUUACAAUGAUUUCAAAUCGAAAGAGGAUUUGACUGAGAAUUUGGAAAAUGAGAUUGAAAUGGCUCAAAUAAAUACAUCGCCUGAUAUAAUUGAGUAA